CAGGAAGCCAACCGCCUUGCCUGCUGCCCGCCAGAGUCUGUGGUGUUGGUAUUGGCUUGGGCAGGUGUGCCGGCACAGGAUGAGGUGGCCAUGGUGAGGAACCCCCACUCUCAGCUUUGCAGCCCCCUCCCCAAGCCAACAUGAGUGCCGACCUGGAGCUGGUGUGGCCAUUGUCAAUACCGCUGUUGCUGAUGUUGGGGGCCACAGCCUGGCUGUGUGUCCGUUGUUCCCGCCCAGGGGUGAAGAGAAAUGAGAAAAUCUUCGAGCAGAGGAACCAGCAAGAAAACGAACAGAACUUUACUGUGGCUCAGACCUACUCCCUGGCCAGGCCGGUGUGGCCAGGACCCCUGAUGGACACAGCCUCAGACAAGUCAUCUGAAAGAAAGAAUAAACUGCUGUUCUCUGAUCUCGAAGGAAGCAGACAUGAGCCUGACGCUGCCUAUGUAGAUCCCAUCCCUACGGACUACUACAACUGGGGACGUUUCCAGAAGUCCCCAGAAGACGAUGAUUCCAACUCCUACGAGAACGUGCUCAUCUGCAAGCCCAGCACGCCCGACUCAGGUGGCGAGGAAUCUGAGGAUUACCAGAACUCAAUAUCUAUCCGAGAAUGGCGAGAAUCCAGGAGGACUGUGGGUGCACAAGUAUCCCCAUUAGAAAGCCCAGAUGAGGAGCCAGAUUACGUGAACGGGGAUGUGGCCGCUGCUGAGCAAGCCUAGGAGAGAAUCAAUCGGAAGGAAGGGCCUGACGGGGUUAUGAGCUGAAGCGUUCACUGCCUGCUGAAGCCUAUUUUCCGGGGAUGCUCAAGCUUUAGACCUGGCUGUGGCUGCUCCUGGGAGGGGUUCCAGAACAUCCUGGGAGACAUCGGGACUCGCCAAGGCUGCAACCCCCGAGCAAUGCCCUGGACUUCUUUGGGAGCAAAGCAGGUACCUGGAAACAUUGGCUGUGCUGACCAGAAGCCCAGGACCUGAGGCUAGCUGUGUCUCCAGUACCACAUCUAAAAUAUGUCACAACACUGGCAUUUGUCUUUUUUUUUUUUUUUUUUUCUUAAUUUUGCAAUAGGGUCUCAUUAAAUUGCUCAGGCUGGUCUCAAACUUGCAAUCCUCCAGCCUCAGCCCUAGUGCUGGGAUCACAGGGUGUAUCACUACGCCUGACCUUGUAUCUCUUUUCAUUGUUUGGACUUCAAAUUGCUUAUGAGUGUUGAUUUCUGGGAACGUUCCGUGACUGUUUCUGUAGUUAACGUCAAUUGCUGGAGCCGUAUUUAAUAUUGCCAAUGUCAGGGGGACUUCCUGUCUCCCAGAGAGCAUUGCAUGUCCUAACUUUAACAGAUGUAGGGAUGUAGGGUAACCUGGAGUCUCCUUGUUCUCUUUGUGGGCUCUCAUUUGCUCAAUCUUCCAUCCCUGCAGGGACCUUGUGGGUCAGUGAGAGGGAAACAAAACUGGCCCCUCACCAAUCAAUCAAUAAACCCUGAGUUUAAGAGCA